CUCUCGCCUCUCUCGGCAGCAGUGGCAGCAGUGUAGUAGUAAUCUGCCUGCCGCGCACUGAGCUCGCAUUUUGUGUCACGGUGCCACCGGGAGAGGGGCGACAGACUGCUGCGCGUCAGGGGACACCAGUUACCAUCCGCACGGUUCAAGCGACAUCCCGCCGCGGGCAAUGACAUUGGCAGACUGAAGUGGGAAUACACGAGAAAACGCAAAAAUGACGGUGGACUUUGAAGAAUGUAUAAAAGAUUCACCCCGAUUCAGGGCUGGCAUUGAUGAUGUGGAGACAGACGUGGUGGAGAUUGAAGCAAAGCUCGACAAGCUGGUGAAGCUGUGCAGUGGCAUGAUCGAGGCUGGCAGGGCCUACGUCAGCGCCAACAAGCUCUUUGUCAACGGCAUCAAGGACCUGUCACAGCAGUGCAAGAAAGAGGAGACGAUAUCGGAAUGCCUUGAAAAGUGUGGAGAAAGCCUCCAGGAGAUCGUCAACUACCACAUGAUAUUGUUUGACCAGGCUCAGAGGUCCAUCAAGCAGCAGCUUCACACCUUCAUUAAAGAGGACGUCCGUAAAUUCAAGGACACUAAGAAGCAGUUUGACCGGGUGCGUGAGGACAUGGAACUGGCCCAGGUGAAAAACGCCCAGGCACCCAGGAACAAGGUGCACGAGGCUGAAGAGGCCACACAGGCUCUCAUCCUCAGCCGCAAAGCCUUCAGGCACUUGGCACUGGACUAUGUCCUACAGAUUAAUGUGCUUCAGGCCAAGAAGAAGUUUGAAAUCCUGGAUGCAAUGCUGUCCUUCAUGCGCGCCCAGUACACUCUGUUCCAGCAAGGUUUUAACAUCUUGGAUGAGAUUGACCCCUACAUGAAAAAGCUGGCUGCACAGCUGGAUCAGCUGGUCAUCGACUCUGCAAUGGAGAAGAGAGAGCUGGAGCACAAACACGCCCUCAUCCAGCAGAGAACACUGAUGCAGGACUUUUCAUAUGAUGACCCCAAGCUGGAAUUCAAUGUGGAUGCACCCAAUGGUGUGGUCAUGGAGGGCUACCUCUUCAAGAGGGCCAGCAACGCGUUCAAGACCUGGAACAGGCGGUGGUUUUCUAUACAGAACAGCCAGCUGGUCUACCAAAAGAAACUCAAGGACUCUUUAACAGUUGUGGUGGAGGACCUGAGGCUGUGUUCUGUCAAACCGUGUGAAGAUAAUGAGAGGAGGUUCUGCUUCGAGGUGGUUUCACCCACUAAGAGCUGUAUGCUGCAGGCCGAGUCUGAGAAGCUGCGGCAGGCUUGGAUCCAGGCGGUCCAGGCAAGCAUCGCCUCUGCUUACAAAGACAUCGCCGACAAUUAUUAUAUUGAGCGUUUGGACCGGACAGCCUCGCCCUCCACCAGCAGCAUCGACUCUGCCAGCGAGCCCAGAGAGAGGGGGGAGAGGGCCGAUAAGGGAGUUCGGGGAGGUGGGGAAAGCCUCCUCCAGAGGGUACAGAGCCUGCCAGGGAACGAGCUGUGUUGUGACUGCGGCCAAGCGGCUCCCUGCUGGGCCUCCAUUAACCUUGGGGUGCUGCUCUGCAUCGAGUGCUCGGGGAUCCACAGGAGUUUAGGCGUCCAUUGCUCUAAAGUGCGCUCACUGACGUUAGACUCAUGGGAGCCAGAAUUACUCAAGCUGAUGUGUGAGUUGGGGAACACUGUGAUCAAUCAUAUUUAUGAGGGAGCCUGCGAGGAGCAGGGAGCAAAAAAACCUGGACCGUCCAGUUCAAGACAGGAGAAAGAGGCCUGGAUCAAGUCUAAGUAUGUAGAGAAACGCUUCCUGAAGAAGAUGAGUGGGAGUGAGGCUUUGGUGGAGGGGGAAAGGAAAUCCCGGCCCUGGACGGUGAAAAAGUGUCAGCGACACAACAGCUCUGUUCGGGCCCCCAACAAAGCCCGCAGGAAAUACCAUCGCUACGAGCCGGGUAGCGCUUCACCUGCAAACCUCUCAGCAGCAGCCGCAGCAAAGUUUCGCCGGGACUCCCUGUUCUGUCCAGAUGAGCUGGAUUCACUGUUUUCAUACUUUGACACUGGCUCUGGUCCCCGCAGUCUUAGCAGUGACAGCGGCCUGGGAGGAAGUACUGAUGGCAGCACAGACAUUCUAGUUUUUGGCUCAGUGGUGGACAGCGUCACAGAAGAAGAAGAGGAGUCAGAGGAGUCUUCCAGUGGUGAGGUGGAGAUUGAACAGGAAGUACCCUCAGACCCCGAAGACCCGAGGGAACUCCACCCAGGGGCGCUCCUCCACCGAUCCUCCCGUCUACACAACCUGCCACUGAUGGCAGAAGCGCUGGCGCAUGGUGCGGACGUACACGCUGCAAGUGAGGAGGAGGAGGGGAAGACACCACUCAUUCACGCUGUGAUGGGGGGCUCUCUAAUAGCAUGUGAGUUCCUGCUACAGAACGGAGCCGAUGUGAACCAGAGGGACAUGAGAGGAAGAGGCCCGCUGCACCACGCCACCUACCUGGGACACACUGGUCAGGUGUGUCUGUUCCUGAAGAGAGGAGCAUCGCAGUCGGAGGUGGAUGAACAGGGUCAUGACCCCCUAAGCAUCGCUGUUCAGGCUGCCAACGCUGACAUCGUCACCCUAUUGCGUCUAGCGCGGAUGAACGAGGAGAUGCGAGAGGCGGAGGCUCCCUUGGGUCAACCAGGUCAAUACCCCAGCAACAGCCCCACUGACCAGCAGUAUAGGAAGUGCAUCCAGGAAUUCAUCUGCCUCACCAUAGACGAGUGCUAGUGGUCACUUCUGUAUCCAGGAGCAAAGCUCGUGCUCUCUCUCUCUAUAUAUAAACUAUAUAUACUGUAUAUUCCUCCUGAAUGGGAACCUAAAAUAAUUGUGCGGACGAAGUUGCCCCUAGACACUGAUCUCGAGUCGGUUACUUACAGAGAUCUAGGUUUACGAGCAACUUCUUGGGGGUGUCUGAGGAGAGAGUAGCGUACCACUUGCGCAAUAUCGGGGUGCGUUGUGUCAUAGGGAGACCCCUGAUGGACUUUUUUAACUCUACUGACAAUACAGUCACCACCUCCAUUUUUCUGCAUCACCACUAUGUUUCUGCUCGCCGUUCCGCGGCACCACCCACGCUAUGCUAGCUACAUGUCACACACAGUAAACGACAUCUGCUUUUUGGUGUUUCGCUAACAGGGUUAUCCCCUAACUUAUCAUAACAUGGUAUAACCUCUUGAGUGAGGGUGUGGGUUUACUGUUGCCUAACAGCUCUUACCUCUGAAGACUCUCGCUGCAUUAACCCCCCUACACUUUAUAUCUAUCCAGACCAUCUGUGUGACAUCCAACUUACCCAUCUCUUCUUUAUUGGAGAUGUAAAUAUGCGUAUUUAGAAGUUAUAUGGGUAAUCUUUAAACUAUGUGCUGUGGCAUGAGGUGAAUAAAAAGGUAUUUGUUCCAUUACUUAAAGAAAAAGAGUAACUGACAAGCUACAGUAGAGGUGGGCAGGGUAGUUUACUGUGUAUACAGAGGGGUCAGGAAGGGAAAUUUAAUGUAAAACUGUGACAAAAAUACUGAAGGGCUUGUGGAGAAGAGACCCUUGCCUGCUUUGUAAGAUACUUUGUGACAUGAUGAGUGAGUGAGUGAGUGAGUGAGUGAGUGAGUGAGUGAGUGGACAGGAGAGUAAAUGAAUGCAUGUGUCUAAGAAUACUGAGAGACAGAGUUAAAUAAUAUGAUAUUAUGAUACAUUAUGUAAAUGAAAAAAAAAGAAACUGUGCACUUUUCCCAUCUACAGUAUUAUAAUUUUUUACAUUUUUCAUUUAGUUAGUUUUUACAUUGUCCUUGUCUCGUCACAUUAUUGUCUAUCUAUCUAUUGUCUGAUCAAUCUCUGUCAUUUUUAUUGAUGUUUAUCUCCCCAGAGGACCAGUGCAAUGCAUUCUUGGAUGCAGUUUAUGUCUGCAUUCCUGUUGAUGAUUGUCAUUUUAUCUGAAAGCAUUACUUGGAAUUUAUGACAGGAAGUCUUUGGAACUCAUAAAAGACAUUGUGCUUUCAUUUUCCCUUUGGAACCGCCUUACAUUGCUAUGAUCAUUGGUAUUCAAACACCACUAAAAGAGAUUUCACUAGCUUAUCUAUGAAAAUUCAAGCUACAAUGCACCAUUCAUUGCAGUCAUUUGUUGUUUAAUAUGUGAGGUUGAGAGGGAGAUGUGUCAACAAACCAGAGCAGCAAGAAGUUGGGGGGUGUAUAAAACUGGAUUUACGUCUCACACUUAAAGGGACAGUCCACCCCAAAAUCAAAAAUACAUAUUUUUCCUCUUACCUGUAGUGCUGUUUAUUCAUCUAGAUUGUUUUGGUGUGAGUUGCUGAGUGUUUGAGAUAUUAGCUGUAGAGAUGUCUGCCUUCUCUUGAAUAUAAUAGAACCAGAUGGAACUCAGCUUGUGGUGCUCAAAGGAGUAAAAAAUAUAUAUCUAAAAAACUCAACAGCAAUGUCUCUUUCCAGAAAUCCUUACUGGUUUACUCAAGAUGAUCCACAGACCUUGUUGUGUGUAGUUUCAUACAGGAACUAUUUUCUUUCUACUAAACUACAUCCACAUUUGUAUUACCACCCAGAAGAAAGCGUGCAUCUACUGCUAGCUAAUGCUACAGCUCGACCGAGGAGAAUGUCAUUAAUGUUUACAUCUUGACCCUUGAGCAAGAGCCUCUCGUCCAUGUGUAGAUGCACACUUCCUUCUGCACUGUGAUACGGUUGGCGGGUGUAGUUUGGUAGAGAGAAAAUAGUUCCAACAUGAAACUGCUCACAACAAGGUCUGUGGAUUAUCUUCAGUAAUCAGGCCAUAUUUUCUGGAAAGAGACAUUGCUGUUGAGUUUUUCCUUUUUUUGUAUUUUUUCAUUUUUAUUUAUUUAUUUCUUAAUUUUGUGCACUUUGAGCACCACAAGCUGAGUGCAAUCUAGUUCCAUUAUCUUUGAGAGAAGGCAGACAUCUCUACCCUGCAACUCACACCAAAACAAUCUAGACUGAUAAAUAGCACUACAUAUGUACUGUAUAUUUGAUUUUGGAGGUGAACUACCCCUUUCAAAAAACUCCUCUGUUCACUUCCUUCUACAGAACAAAGGUGACUCAUGACACUUCCACUUGUUGUAAAUACUCAUCCAUAUUACAUAUCUGUGGUGAGAUAAAGGCGCACAUUUCUUUAUGACAGUUUACACACUUAUGGGUCAAAGGACUUGUAUAUCUGGAUUCUGUUGCUGGUCAAUGCUUGCAGUCAUCUCUGCAUGCUUUGCCAGAAUUUAUUUUUGGGAAGUUCAACAUCGUUUGCAUUCUGAGCAUGAUAAAAUAUUUUCCAAUGGUUUGAUCACGUCGUGCAGUGCAGUCCUGUGGAAUAAGCAUGUACCACCAUGACCCUCUGGUGUCAGAAAUUUCUUACUUUGUUGCACCUCUGUGCCAUUCUUCCAUCCACAGACCAAAUCUGUGGUGACUUCCUCAUUCCUGUCUUGUUUGUUUGCUCGUUUGUUUGUUUCCACAAAAGCUUACAAAAGGUGGUUUUAAUUUUUUUUUUUUUAAUGUCGUGGUUUAUUUUCCUCUGCCAAAGACUUUUUAAAGGGAAGGUGUCUGACGUUGUAUGAUAUCAUGCUGUUUUUGUUUGUUUUUUAAACUGAAACUGUUCAGAGUAGAUACAGCAUAGUCUUACCAUGCUUUGUGAAGUGACAGAGUGGUAGAAACACUGUUGGUGUACUCACAUGUUGAAAAAAGGUUACAGAAAUGUGACAGAGCCAAGAGAUUUUGAUAUGGCAGGUGAUAUUCUGCAAUAGUUCAAUGUACUGCAAGUAGAACCAGUCUAGGGGGUGACGUGAAGCUACUGUGACCAAAUUGUUAAGGGCCCUCGCUCUAUAGCGGAAGUAUUAAAUGUUGUGUCCAUUGUGUGUAUUGACAUAGGAGUGGUUAAAGGUGCUGUUCGAAGCAAACAUGCUGUAAAUAGUACACUUGUGUAUUUUAACUCGACAUCAACUUCCUGCCUCUCAGCAUUCAAUCACGGAUCCUGACUGUCUGAUCUGGUUUAUGUUUGUCUUUUUAUUCUCUUCCAACAAAAAAAAAACAACAACCUGUCAGGCAGAACUGUACCACAGCUCUGCGCUACUCGGAGGCGUUCUUCUGUUCACUGACAUUUGGAUAUCUUUGGAAUACUUUCUUCCUUGUCUUUAGAAGCACUGAGGGGAAAAAAAGAAAACAAAAUACAUAAAAUAAAACUGAGAAACUCUUGAUGAACUAACCCUGCUUCCUGCUUGUUGCCCUCAUUUCUGUUUCCUGUCUCAUCUCUUAUGCAUGGCACUCUCUCAACAUUGCAGCAAUGUAUUUGAAAACGUCUGCGUAACAUUGUUGCUUUCAAAGAUCUAAUGAUAAUAUUUUAAUUUGAAGACAUAUUUUUAUGUGGAAACAUUGUCAGAUGUUGGGAGAGUGCUAUUUUUUACGAUCUGGUCUGGUGUGUCUUUUGGUCUAUAACAAACUUUUGGGUAGCACUUGGCUUAUUCAAUGCAAUACUACAGUUUCCUUCAGGAUAACAAAUUCAAAGGAGGUGUACACUUGUACAUCUUCAGCAUGCCAGGUCAAUGUCAACACGCUAUUUAAGGAUCACCUUUGUGUUUAGGGCCUUAUGUGUUUCAAACAGUGUCUCAGUUUUCUAGCCUGCAGCAGCAACACCAUGCCUUGAAUAAUUCAGUGUCUCCAGCAUUUAAAACAUUCAUGUGAUCUCACAAGUUACAAAAUGUUCUCACAUGCCACAAAUGUCUAAUUCUUUCAUUCACACUUCAGGCAAACAGCACAUGUCCACAUGAAGAAAUAAACACUGACUGACAUAUCAUUGCUUCUGUUACCACAGGGGUUACCACGGGCAGCAGGAGAGUUAAACCCAAGGAUGUUCGGGAUAGAGUGAGUGAAGCAUCCUGGGCCGUCAUAGGGGACUAGUGUGAUAACUGUGAUUCUCUCUGCUCUGGUGGCUGUGGGUUUCUGUUGCACGCACACUCUCUGGGGAAAUAUUUGGAGCUGUCUUGAUGUUGGGGAUCUUUUUUUUGUCUCCUAGGGAGCCAUUCAGAAAUCUUCUGCAGAGGAGUAUUGUGUCUUGAGACCCGGCUAUAAUGCAGCGUUCACGUACAUUUGGAAAUAUGUACACUGUAAAAUAUUUCACUGUACAUUUACAGUAAAUUACCGUACUGCCUACUAGUUGCAUUACUUUCACGGUAAAUUGCUGUCAUUUUUACAGUAAAUUGUCAUGAAAUGACAGCUCUAUAUUGUGAUCUCACAGUAAUUAUGCCUGGAUAUUACUGUGAUUUAGCAGUAUGCUCCUGUAAAAUCACUAUAUUUAACUGUAAUCUCACAGUUAAUGCUGUAGUGCAUAACUUCUGUCGCCUCCCAGCGGAUAAUGCGUUAUUACAACUAAUAAGCUGGCGGCACUUCCAUAUACACAGAGUAACACUUGCCUUUGUGGUAGGAUCCACUUCUGAACCGUGUCUCGGCCAAUUCUCCGCCAUGUUGCUUUCUCUUUCUACCUGUGCUCUACCUCUCCGCUCUUCCUCCCCCUCCCUUCUUGUUGUGAGGAAGCAUUUCCUGUGUGCCAGCGCGGGAAUGUCGCCGGUCUACAGGCAUACUAAAAAUGAUAUAUAUUGAAAAAUACAGCGAGAUGUUAGAGGAGCUGAUCGGCUUAAUCAGCAUUGUGUCAUCUCCUCUAGUAGUGGCUUGGGUGAAACGGACAUUUACAGACCUGUAGAAGUUACGCACUAUAGCUUUAAACUAAAUAUAUUAUUGUGAUUUAGCAGUAUGCUUCUGUAAAAUUACUAUAUUUACCUGGAUGGAUUUCGCAAUAUUCUGAAUUUGGUUUAAUAUCGCAGUAAAAGCCUGUGAGGUGAUAAUAAUGUAAUUUAUUGUGAAAUAUUACAGUCACAUAUUGUAACUUCCUGAAAAUAAUUUGCAGAGUUUAGUUUAUUCUCCAACAACAUUCAAACAUCGAAUGUAUAGUAGGUCACAGAGAGUGGGUAAGUAUUGUAUAGUAUAAGUAUAUUAAGCACAUGAACCCAGAUGUCACUUGGUAGUGACUUGAGAGAGAGGAAAAAUGGACAGGAUGCUCACCACGCUUUCCCUGUAAGUUCCUGAUUUUCUCCUAACCAAGACACAUAGUUAGAAGGGUAAUCUUUUAAAAAUGUGCAGAAAAUACAGCUUGAGUGUCUACAAAGCAUUUACUUAUAUAAACAAAAUAUGCUGUACAGAAGAAUGAGUCACUCAUAGUACCUAAAGGAAUAGGUGUUAAUGUACCAUUGAGGUAGACUGGUAAACUUAACUCAAUGCUUUGGGGGCUUUGCUCUUUCAUGUGGAGAUUCUUCUGCUUUUUCUUCAUCAAUGGUGAAAAUGUGGGUUAUUGGAGAUUGCAGUAUUUGCUGACUUAUUGCCUUUAUGUCAUGUCAUUAAAAAUGCCUUGUAUGUUACUCACUAUAUGUUAAAGGUAAGCAAAAACCAGCAGACUGGUCACUGCAGUCUCCACGGGGCCACACAGUGGGACAAACCCUCUCCUUGACUUUAGUAUCCCCUGUUGCAGGUGACAUCUCCAGUGUUGAUGUCUUUCGCGAAUUUUCUAUCCUCGCGUCUCUCCAGCCCGAGAAGUUGAGGAGGAGGAGCGUACAGUUCAGCCGCUGCAAGAAGCCACAGUGACAACUGAUCACCCGCUCUGAUCACUCUUUUGGAGUCAAGAGGGAGGCAGCUACAUGGCAUUCAAAAAGACUUUUUGAUUUUGAGGAGUGAGUGCUGCAGGUGUGAGUAAAUGGUCAAAACUUGUAGGCUCUAGUCAAAGCUAUUUUAUAUCAGGUCCUCAAUUGUAAAUAUGUUUAGUCAAGGUCAAGAUGUUAGACCUUGGUCAUAUCAAAAUGUAGUUUAAACAGUUCCUUUGCACAUGAUCCUACAUUUGCUAUAAUGUAACACUACAUUUGUUAGAUCAUCCCUGCCUGUUAAGGUAAAUGUUGCGUGAUAUCAGACAUAAUUGUCAACUUGUUAAACUGUUUCCAUAUUCAUUAGUCAACUCAACUCAGUGAGUGGCUGAAUUCAAAAGUCUGGACCCAGGAAAUGGCAAAUGUGUUUAAAACUUUAGAACAAAACCAAGUGCCUCCUUAGUGUUUUGUAUAAUUUUAUUUUGUCAACUGCAAAUGCCUGAUGAAAUGUCUUUUAAACUGUGUUGAAACCGGUGGCAGAAAUAAAAUAAAAAGUGAAAUAAAAUAAAAUAAAAUGUU